GUCAUCUGUCUGAGUGUUUGUGAAGGAGUUAAUGGUGCGAUUGAGUCGGUGGAAAGAACAGAGAGACAGACGGCUCGGGGUGGAGGGUGUGAAGGCUUUAUAAGAGCUGGCAAAUCAUGAAAAACAACCAGAGAUUGAAGCAGAAGAUCCACAGACAGAUUUAGCUCUUCAGAUCUGCUGCAGUCAUGUGUGUCGCUCUUCACUGUGUGUUUCUCUGUGUUUCUCUGGCGCUCGGAGCUUGUUACGAUUCUCAGGAGAGCCACGAGUCAUUUGAGGUGUUUGUGAAUCCAUAUCAGGCGAAUGCUUUCAUGAGGACUCAACGAGAUCCCGUCUACAACCAGUACAUCUACAGGAUGAAGUCUCCGGCCGAGCGUCGGGCCGAGAUCUGUGAGGAUUAUUCGCCCUGUCGUCUGUUGGCGCUGCGCUACGGAUCCCCGAUGGCCUAUCAAACGUACUUCGGCGCUCAGCAGCUCAGACCCAAUCCGCAUCUGCGUCGGUACUGAGCCCCGCCUCCACAUUUGCGUACAACCAAUCAACCUCUUCAUUUAAAUAAUCACUUACAGGUCGAUUAAACCCAGACACCUAUUCACAUAUAGACGUGUGCGUCAUGGGUUUGUUACUAACAUCCUCUCGCUCUUUGACGACGGGCCGUUUGCUCAGAUAUUAACACUAAACUGACAACUGUGCUUUUGCUUACAUAUUCUCAUUUAUUCAAAGCUCAAAUCAUGAUGGCACCUGCAUUUCUAAAUGAUGUCAGAUGAAAAUGUUUCCCAACAAGAAAUGAGUGGUUGUAAAUGUGAUGCGCAGAUGUGUUUAUUUAUCCUUGUUUAUCACAAUUAAACUCCUGCAAACCUGAAA